CAGAACAGGUGACCCGUGAUCAGCUGUGUGAAAUUUUAGUUAUUCUUUGCCACUUGUUAACCAAAAAUUUAUUACGGCUGUUGGGCUCCAGUUCUCGGGUUCAACGUUGAAACAGCUGAAGGUUAAAGUGCUAGAACAAAAGAAGGAAGGCGGAGCAAUAGUGGAGCCAUUCUGAUUGGUGGCAAAAUGACUUGAGAUCUUUCUGUUGAAAUUGAAAAAGAUUCGAAAAAAGAAAAACAUCAGUUGAAAAUUGAAAUCAAGAUGAAGAAAGAAGGAUUGGACAGGCAUAAAGUCUGCAUGCCGGCACUGGGACGCCAUUUUCUGCUCGGUGACUUUUACAACUAUCGCACCGAACACCGUGUCAUUGCAGGUAAACCAGAGAACGCUGAAUCGGCUAUCCGAGUCGAACACAAGUUCGACCUGGAAUUCAUGCAUUCUACAAGUAAAGAAAAAUGGGAGAUUAUGGGUCUCAACGAGCACAUGCAAGCCACUGUUGUGGCCGGUCUCAUCGAUAAAUACGGCGGUGCCAGUAAUUACCUGAACGAUCAACCAAUUGUGACGCAAGUCACACACACCUUCGGCUGUCGUGUUCAGUCGAAACAAGAGAAAAUCCAUUGUUUGGAGACUUAUUUUAAUUCUUAUCUCCCGAACAACGCGGAAGAUUUAAAAAUAACUACCGAAGCUACGCACAUUGUGACGAAUAUCAUUUAUGGAGCUGAAUUCUAUUGCGUGCUUGCUGAAGACAUGGAAGACGGCCGUGAAAUCGAUGAAGAUGUCCGUCUCGACGCUGAGAAAAAGUUGUCUAAAAUAGCAACAAAGAUGGAAGAUGCAUUAAAUGAAUGUCAAGAUUUGGCAGAAUUUAAAGAGCAGUUUGACAAAGAUGAAGCGAAACAACUCAGCCGUAUGAAAUGUCGAUUUUACGCCGAUUUUCAAUCUCAGGCCGUUCGGGAGUUGGGCGUCUUCGACGUCUACAAGCAUUGCCUAAAACUGAUUGAUCAAGUAAAGAAUCCUGCUGGUGAAAACAACAAUGCCAUUGCAGUUUUUCUCUCUCCACCUGCAGCGUCGCCAACCAUAGGCCCGUCAAUACAAUACCGAGAUGUAGAUGCCGACCUAAUAGCUCGUUGUUUCCGAGUAUUGGAUGAGCUGGAUCAAAUGACCGUAAGGUUGGAUGCAUUCCGCAGGGCACUUAAAAAAGCCAAUCGAAUUUCUAUGAAAAAAUUUGGAGAUGCCAUAAGUAAAUACAAGGAGAUGAUAAAGAAGAGCUUGAAAAAUGGCGUAGUCAAAGCUCGACAUGUCAAUUGCAACGACGAAGAAAUUGAAAAAAUCGUCGACAUUAUCGAGAACCAACCGCUCUUCAAACAAACUCGAUUGGAGAGUUGGCUGAACCAAAAAAAGUCGGAGUCGGAGAUGAUUGAGCGGAUGUCUAGUGUAACUGGCAUCACAUUCGUUAACGACGAGAAACAAUUGAAAGAGAAGCUUUCAGAUUCUUUCGACAUCGAGUACGCAUUGGUGUUAAAAGUUCCACCACUGGAUGAGAAAAGCAACGACAUCCUUCAAGCAAUGGGAGAGUACGUUCAAUACACGAAGUUGGUGGCGGCUGGCGAUGAAGACGAAAACUUGGAUGAGGAAGACACCGAUGAAGGUAAUCAACCGUGGCAUAUGAUACCUCGCAAGCGGAAGCUCGUACUGGAAAAGAUUCGUGAGUUUACCAGUCACGUGGAGAAGAACAAGCACGUGGAGAAAGUAACCCAAUUCAUGGUCAUGGUUGGUGUUAAGAAUAAAUGCAGCUAUUACAUCUACGCAAACGAAGAAUUGGUUAAAGAAAAUAUGUCUCAGCUGCCUAGUGCGCCCACUGAUCUAAAACUGCAACUGAUAUCAGCACCUCAAAAAUCGAAAUCGGCUAAAAAGUUAACAUCAAUCCGCUUAGGAUGGGAGUAUAAAGAUUUGGGCUACGCUCACCACUUUUGCGUAGAGUACAGAUCGAAAAGCAGCUCGGAAAAUUGGCUUCAGCAAAAAACUAAACAGGGCGAGAAUCAAACGACGCUCAACUUCAAACUCGGAUCGUCGAUGGAAAUUCGAGUGAUGGCGGACACUUGCAUCGGGCGCAGUGAAUUCAGUGACAUCGUCGAUACCGAAACUGCACUCGACACGACCGAAGUCGAAAUCGAUUCCGACGCGGAGGAAGAAGGAAAAACGCCAACACGGAAAUUUGAGAGCCAACCAAAAUUUAAAACCACCAACGGGUUAGCUAAGCCGAACUUAUCAUCAAACGGAAAUAGUAAAACUCUUCUAGAUUCUCCUACUGACCUGGAGGUGGAAUUGGUUACCCAAACCACAGCGGAAUUGGCUUGGUCUCGGCCUUCAACCGGUGCCCGGAACAUUUCGUACCGCGUCCGUUAUUGGAAAUCGGAUGAAGAUGACACCACCUGCCAAGAAAUCGAAAGUCCUUCCAGCGGAUGCCGUUUACGAAAACUCGAGCCGGAAACGACUUAUCUCGUUAACGUCGUUGCCGUAUCGAACGACGGGCAGAGCGAACCCAGCGUAACUGUCGAAGUCAAUACGCAAAUCCAAGAAGUCCGUUUUGCCGAAACGAUCGUGAAACGCUGCAAGAAAAUUGGCAGCAGAAAUGGAAUGGAUCUGUUUGGUGUUCCACUCGUCAAAUCGUCCGGAGCGAAAACAUCCGAGCGUUUCGUCUUUGGUCGACCGGAUGGAAAAUUGCAACAUCGGACGAUAUUGGUGAUGGGCGCCACUGGUUCCGGCAAAACGACGCUCAUCAACGGCAUGAUCAAUUACGUGUUUAACGUCCAAUGGGAAGACACGUUCCGUUUCCAGCUGAUUCAGGAACAAAUGGCAGGCCGUUCCCAAGUCGAUAGCCAAACAAGUCGCAUCACGGCCUACGAUAUCCAUCACACCGAGGGAUUCCGCGUACCGUACUCGUUAACCAUCGUCGACACGCCCGGCUACGGUGACACCAAAGGUCUCGACAGGGACCAGGAGAUUACCGACAUGGUCCGUACAUUCUUCGAAGACAAGAAUGGCAUCCAAGAGCUGGAUGUGAUUGGAUUUGUAGCCCAAGCUUCUCUUCCUCGUUUAACACCAACUCAAAUUUACAUCUUUGAUUCGGUGUUGUCCAUCUUUGGCAAUGAUGUCAAGGAGAACAUCAACUUCUUAUUGACGUUCGCCGACAGCCAAGUGCCGCCCGUCUUAAGCGCAAUAGCUCAGGCUGGUCUUCCAUGUCCUACCGGAUGCCUUACGGGAGAGCCUGUUAACCACAAGUUCAACAAUUCGGGAUUCUUUUGUUCCAGUCGCGAGUCCGCAACCAACACGGCCGACAAGUUCAAUCGUUUCUUUUGGCAGAUGGGCAUGGCGAAUUUCCAAAAUUUCUUUUCCCAGCUGGCAACGAUGAAGACCAAAUCGCUUUCGUUGACCAAACAAGUCCUGGAUGAACGGAAGCGACUGGAAUCGACGGUGGAUGGUCUUCAACCACUCAUCAAAAUCGGCCUAGCGAAGAUGGAAGAAAUGAGGAAGACGAAGCAAAUGAUAUCCAACUGUCAGGCGCAGAUCGACGCCAAUGAAAAUGUGGAAUUUGAAGUGGAGGUGAACAUGCCCAAGAAAGUGGAGAAUCUGAGCGGUUACCUGACCAAUUGCAACAAAUGUUACGUCACCUGUCACAAUCCCUGUGCUAUCCCAAAUGACGAUGGUAAGAUGAACUGCUGGGCCAUGGAUCACACCACACCGAGAGACACCCGUUCCUGUAGAAUCUGCCCGGAAAAAUGUAUCUGGAACAUGCACGCUAAUCAGCCGUACAGGUGGGAGUACGUCCCUGAGAAACAGGCCACUUCAUCGGAUGCAAUUAAACAGAAAUAUGAAGCGGAAUUGAAAAAGAAGCUGACUGCUGAAGAACUGGUAAAAGUGCUGGAAAAAGACGUUGAUUUAAACAACAAGAUCGUCUUACAGAGAGUCGACACUGUUUCUCGCUGCAUUCAGCAGCUGGACGCGAUCGCGUUACGUCCGAAUCCGUUCUCGACGCCGCAGUAUAUCGACCUAAUCAUCGACGCCGAGCAGCAAGAGAAACGUGUCGGGUUUAAGGAGAGGAUUCAGAGUUUAAAAAAACUGCGUCAGAUGGCCGUUAUUACCACCAAAGUUAGAAAUAAGGAGUCGCUCUUGACAAUGGACAAAAGAGAUGACGAUGACAGUCAAUCCGUUGACGAAGAUGAUGACCAGACGGCUGAUGGAGAUGACGACGAUGGCGCUUCCGUGACUAGUUUGACUGGCCGUCUUGCUAAUUUGUCGUCUUCCACCGACCAACACAAGUUCCAGAAUUCAUUUUUUAAUCAUUAAUUUCGCAUGACGUGUUGUGCAAAUGAAAAAAACAAAGAUUUCAAUCGUGAUGUUUGCCUUUGUUACACAGUUUGUAAUGCGUCAGUGAACGAAUUAUGUUGAAACUGACCUUUUUUUUUAUUGUUUUGAUAUUAUUUUUUUUCUGAAAAGGUUUUUUUAGUUUUCGCACCAUUUUUUCUCUCGUUAAAGUUGAGAGUUGUAAGCCUUGCAAGGUCAAUGUUUUCCCACGUUUGUUUCCUACCCUCCCUCACAUUGUGCUGUUUUGAAAAUGGAAAUUCAGAGACAAUUUUCUAAUUUGGAAUUCAGGAUUUUUCAUCAAGAUUUUAGUCUUAAUUGAAUUUAAUUCGAUUAAUACACAGAAUUUUCUUGUUGCAA